AUGGGUGAUGUCAUCGAUUGCACACGAUUUGCUUGUCGGGCUGAUGAUUUGGUUCCAUUACCAUCCGAACCAGUAGAUAUUCCUCGAAUUCCUCUCAUUUCGAUUGCAUACCGUGUUGGAAGUCUUUUGGAUAUAUGUGGAGAGAAGACAAGUGAACAACAUGUAAUGAAUGCUCUCAAACGAACUAUACAAGAAUGGAGAGAACAAGGAAUAUCUGUUGACUUAUGUGAUUUCACGACAUAUUCGAAAUUAGAUGUGUUUCCGCCUCAAUACGUCAUCUUUUUGGAAUUGGUUGGCGGCGAACAAGGAUGCAAAAUUGAUGAUCAACAACUACGAGUUCUUCAAAAGAUGGCAGACUCUGAAAUCGAUCAACAACUUUGCAAAGCAAAUGAAAGAUAUGAUGGUCAUCGUAAUGGAAAAAAACUUAGUCCUCUUACAUGUAUUCUUGUUCGAAGUGGAACAUUCUCGACAUUUUUACGAAAAGAGUUGUUGACUGGUCAUGUGGAUUUAACACAAAUCAAACCUCGUCGAUUAUUGAAGAACGAGCAUCAUAUUCAAUUCUUUUAUGAUAAUAAAUUUGAUGCCUCAUCGUGUUAA